UCUGCCUAAUAUACAGAUGACUAAGUUUCGUUUACUGAUUACACCCAUCAGUGUAUGGACUUUGAUAGUAGUAUAAAAGUUGUAGAAAAAGGAUCUUCGAGGUUCUGUACAGUCAGACAGCAUUCUAAAACAUUAGGAGCUUUGACUGAAAGUACACCUGCAUGCUGAUUAGUGCAAAUGAAGAGGAAACAAUUUACUUUAUACUAAAGAAUCAUGCAAGCGUUGGUCUUUAUUGUCGUUAGCUUGUGUGGCUUUCACAUCUCGGAUGGCCAGAGCGCCGAGGAUGUCCAGCUAAUCCACAAGAUGCUGGACAACAACACCAUCAGUCCCUACGUUCGGCCACAAAAGAAUGUUUCAAGACCCACGGCUCUUAACAUCUCAUUCCACUUGGUCGCCAUCGUCGACUUUAACGCCGCCUCCCACAGACUGACCAGCAGCGCCCUGCUGACUGUCGCCUGGCAGGACGACUACCUCACCUGGGAGCCCGCUGCUUACGGCGGCAUCACACGCAUCUUGCCGGAUCCCACUCAGCUGUGGCGGCCUCGGCUGACAAUUCGAAAUACGUUGACGGACAUGAAGGUCCUUGACCACAGCUACAUGGUGGCCAGGUACGAUGGGAUGAUGAAGUGGUUACCCAUCGAAACGUUUGAAACGUUUUGUCACGUGGACGUGACUUACUUCCCCUUUGAACUCCAGAAAUGCAGGUGGGAGAUGUUCCUUUGGGCAGAGGAUGAGAGUGUUGAUCUCAAUCCUGUCCAAUCAGGAGUCGUUUUGGACUCUUACGUGGGUGAUGGAGAGUGGAAGGUGACGUCCACUGCGGUCAGGAGGGUGACCUCUCACCUCGAUGACGCCCCCUUCUCUGUUCUUGUUUACGAGGUCACACUCCGAAGACGACCGGCACUCGUGGUGAUGACGAUCGUGUUGCCACUCUUCAUUUUGGCUGGCUUGAAUGUUUUUGUCUUUAUAAUUCCUCAUGAGUCAGGAGCCCGGCUGUCGUUCGCCACGACUAGUUUGCUGUCGUAUGGAAUCUUCCUGGCCUCCGUCGUGAAUUUGCUGCCAGGGUCAGUGAAGACCCUGUCCAUCCUCGUCAUCGGCAUGAGUGUUUUUCUCAUCCUGUCCGCCAUCUACUCCCUUAUCAGCGUCGUCUUCAUGCGGCUCUGUUGUCGCGAGGAUGCUCGGCGGGUACAGGAGAAACUUCAGGCCGUCACCCGACGGUUGGAGCGUCUGGUCCAUGUGACAGUCUCUGACCUCACAGCUACUCAGAAACCUCAGCCAGGCCAGGCCCGGACAGGGACUGAUGACAGGAUGACAUGGAAACGAGCUGUGCGCUCUCUAGAUGCGCUCUUAUUCAUUUUCUUCUUUGUAUUAGUCUUAUCGUCCAUCGCCAUUUUGUGGACUUUAGUCGUCAUUCACUGAAUAACGAUGAUGGAUGAUGGAUGAUGGAUGAUGGAUGAUGAUGAUGAUGAUGAUGAUGAUGAUGAUGAUGAUGAUGAUGAUGCCCUUUCUAGAAAGUUAGUACAUGUUAUUUUUGUUUCUCCUUCACUUCUUUUCAUCCUUCACUCACACACAUUUAACUCACUAUUUAUUUAUCUAUGUAUGUUGUCACUCAAAUUUUGUAAUCGAUUUUUUUUUAACCCACAUCCCAUCGUCCUACAGUUCUGAAGAUUCAACAGUUACUCACUUCCAGUAACAUGGAACAUCAAAUCAUUUUCAGCAGUUUACAAUUAGUAUAAUAAAUUUUUCAAUUUUAUUUUAAGAACUUUUAGUCUUAACUAGGGGAGAUAGAUAACUGCUGGGAAAACUAUUAAACUGUAAAUUAUCUCCCCUAAUUCGGCACCUAAUGGAAUAAAGUCACAAAGUAAAGCAAAAAAAAAAAAAAAAAAAAA